UUUUUUUUUUUUUUUCCUCUGUUAUAAAACUCUGUUUCAGAGAACAACCCUUCGACUCCUUUCCCACCUGCAUUCCGAUUCAAUUUUACACGCCACCCCUUUGUUCUUUCUAUGUGAGAGAGCCUCCACAUCAAUGGAGGACUCCAGAUUGACGAAGGAGACUGUGCCCGACGACCGAGACGAUGGGGGCGGCGAAGAAAGCGGUUGGACUACUUAUCUCCAGGACUUCUCGCGAAACAAUGACGGAGAAGAUAGCUUCUGCUCCGGCUUCGGAACCUCCUCUUUGGUUUCGGACGCCGCGUCUUAUGCCAUCCACCGGAAUGCUGCUGCUGCCGCCGCCGCCGAGCCGAAGGCUCCGAGGAGGCUGAGCACGAUCAAGAGGAUGAGGACCAGGGAGAUCACAGAUGAAGAUCCGCUACAGGACACCGCCACGUCUCCUGUGAACAGUCCAAAGAUCACACAUCUAAAGCGGGUGGAGAUGAUAGGCACCCGGAUGACAGACGAUUCUCUUAAUCUUUCUCUGGGAAGCGGUGGGGCAUCGGAGAGCUGCAUGGGAUUGAAGGCGAGAGAAAGCAAUGAAAAUGAGAAGAUGAUGUACGGUACUGAUGGGCAGAACUACGAGUGCUCAAGCUUGAGGAAAAGAGGACUUUGCUUGGUUCCUCUGUCCAUGUUCAUGAAUUAUCAGCUUGGUUGAAUCGAUUCCAUCUCUCCAUCUCUCCCUCUCUCUCUCCCUUCCUCCCUCCCUCCCUCUCUCCCUCUCUCUCUCGCUCGCUCGCUCUCUCUCUCCCUCCCUCCUCCUCCUCCUCCUCCUCCUCCUCCUCUCCCAUCAACUGUGUAGAACUUUUGUAAAUAAGUUUACCGUUGACGGGAAUGUGGCCCAAUGCCUUUUCUUUUUUAUUGCAAACCCCAUGUAAAUCAAAAUAUCAUUUCGAAUUCCUGUGUUUGAUUAUGUCCAUGCUUUUGUUGCCUAUAGUUGACCAUGUUCAAGUUCAGACAUGCCGGAAAUACGUAGGCAAGAGCGUGCAACAUGACUCUUAACAUCUCUCUCUCUAUCUUUUCACUGAAAUGGGAGGAUCAUCGUCAAUUUUUCAAUUAA